AUGGCUAACUGCCCCCAUGAGCCAAAAUACUUCUUCACACCCCUCCUCCAAGCGCUAGAGUUGGAGCGCUGCAGUAACAAGUCAGUCCAGGAGGUCAGAACCAGCUACCGCGUCAUAUGCACAUUCUACAAGGACUGCAUGGGCUGGGAGGCUAUGGACCCUUACGACCAUGACUUCAGUGACGACGAGGCGGACCAGCUGGGGAAGACCUCCAAGAUCCUCGGCACCUUCAAGACCAUUCCCGAGGCGAACACGGCUGUGGCCAAGGCACGGGGGUUGAUUGACCAUAACCAGCUGUCCUUUUUUUCCAUGACCAACUGUCAGGAUAGAGGGGAUAUGAUGCAUUUUCGAGCCGAGUUAGUUGAAAUCCCCCUCCCCCUCCCAAAAAAAGCUUGUGCUUUGUAGUGGUGACGCUGAGUUGGCUAAUUGGUGGUGGGAUAGUGGGACUGUGGGUGGUGCGCUGCAGGUUUAUGUUCAGGAAACCAGUGUUCUUGUCGACGUCGAGAAGGAGCGUGGGGAAUAUGUGUGCUUGGUUUCCAUGUCUGGGGAUGUGAAUGCCUUUUCUCACACCAAAGGCGUGUUUGAAUCGCUGGAGCAUGCAAAUGACUUUGCCGAGCGUGAGUUUGAGAUAAUCCGUGCUGAGGAGCCGGGCCAACCGAUGAAGAUGCUGGACUCGAGGGGCAUGUUUCAGGGAAAGGUUGCCAAAACGGGGCAGAGAGUUGGCGUCUUUUGGAGAAUAGCUUUUUGUUGAUUUCUAGACUACCUUGAUGGUGAUGACCCUGAAAAUUUAG